AUGUCGACAUCAAGAAUAACCCAACUAGCACAAAUAAUCUGCUCUCAAGCCUCUAUUAUCAACCAACAUCUCCAAAGCAACCAUCUUCCGGAGCCAUCAUUUGAUCAAGAUGGCCCGACAGUACCUAUUCAAAACGAGACUCUGAGUAUCCAAAAAGCAAAGACAGAUGUGAUCGAAGCAACCAUUGAGUUGAGGCAGCUACUCGAGGGACCUAUGAAACUUGUUCUUCCAGAGUCCAAUUUCACCCCCCUCGUAGCUGUACAUCGCUUUAAAAUUGCAUCUCAUGUUCCUCUAAAUGGGACUAUCUCUUUCAGCGAGCUAGCUACUAAAUGCGGCCUCCUUGAACACGACCUUAAACGCAUAAUCCGGUACACGGUUAUUCAUCAUCGCGUCUUUGUCGAGCCAAAAAAGGGAUUCGUAGCGCAUACUGCAGCCUCAAGACUUAUCGCCGAAAACCCUAUAGCCGGUCAUCUCAUGGGUCUCACAUUUGAUGAGUGUUGGCCGGCUCAUAACCAUGCGGUAGAAGCAAUAUCCCACAAGAGUGCUUCAGCAAACAUUUCAGGCUACGCAAUCGCCAACAACACAGGCCCACUAAACACAUUCCAAUACCUUUCCGAGCACAAAGAGCGCGCAACUCGCUUCGCGUUCGCGAUGGCGACCACAUCAAAGGCUAGCCUGGAUGCCCUUAGUACUGAUUUCCCUUGGUCCGACCUUUCCACUACGAGUGGCAGUGUCGUGGUUGACGUGGGAGGUUCCAAGGGCCACGUCUCCCUCCAUCUUGCGCGGAUAUACCCACACCUAAAAUUCAUAGUACAGGAUUUACCUGAGGUUAUUGACGGCGCUGCUGAUCAACUCUUAUCAUCCGAAGCCAAUAAUGACGCGCUAAAGGGCAGGAUUGAAUUUGUGCCUCAUGACAUGUUCGAGGAACAACCCGUCAAAAACGCGGAUAUCUAUUUAUUUCGCUAUGUCCUGCAUGACUGGGGCGACAAGUAUUGCAUUGAUGUCAUUCGAAAUCUUAUUCCGGCUCUGAAGCGAGGCGCAAAGAUUGUGAUUCAGGAUCAUGUUCUCCCCGAACCAGGGACCAUGGGGUUAUUGCAGGAGAUGCAGAUGCGGUCAAUGGAUGCUAUCAUGAUGUCCUUGUUCAAUUCGAGGGAACGUGAGGCAGAUGAAUGGAGGGAUUUAUUCAGCCAGGCUGACGAGAAAUUUGGGAAUGUUAUGGUUCAUAGAAUUGGGGAGAAUGGAUCUAGUGGUAUUAUUUCUGCGGAAUGGUUGGGCUAA